CGUAAUUUCAUCCAGCGAAGAAGAAGCUGGAGCAACAACAAUAACAGACAGCUAGCUACAGUAAGAAGAAUAUCUGCUACAUUGUAUGCGUUUGGCGCGCAAAUCUUGCUUCAACGUACAAAAAUAUAUCUUUUAUGCGAAGUUAAAGCAUAUUUAACGUGCACGGAAGGAAAUUCGGAUGCUAUCUUGUGUUUUUUAAAGAAAUAACAUGCAGCUGUUGUUGUGACGCGCAGACGGUAGAAGCUAGCUAGCCGCUCCGUUAGCUUGUUUACAGACAGACAGUCCGGUUCUCUGGUUCGGUUUUCUGUUUCAUGUCACUGAGCUCCGGUACCGUGUGCAGACAUGGAGAGCCUGUACAAGCGCAAAAUGUUCGCCUCGAUGCGGAAGACCAAAGUGGACGCAUCGAAGAAGCGGCAGAUCGGCCUCCCCGCCUCCAUCCUGGACGACAGUGACGAAGGCUCCUUCUCCUCCUCCUCCUCUGGAUCCCAGUCAGACUUCCAGAGCUCCCCGGAGGAGGACAGCGAGCAGGAGGAGCGGGACAGGAGCGACUCUGGAGCCUCCUCCAGCGAUGACAGCCGCUCGGUGACUCGCAGGAAGCGCUCGUUCUUGGGAGGAGAUGACAGUUCCUCCUCGUACAGCCCAGGGGAGGAGGAGGAAGACGAUGAUGAUGAAGAUAAAGGAGACAGGAGUCAGCCUAAGAGGAUGGUGCAGCCCAAGAAGAGGAGCAGGGUGCAGCGACAGGACGACUCAGAUUCGGAUCAUGCGGAGGAGAAGAAGAGAGAGGAGGAGGAGAAGGCGAAGAAGAGGCAGAGACACAACAAGCUGCUGGCUCUGUCCCGAAGGAUGAAGGCCCGGGUCCCGAACCGGAGGAGGAACCGCAUCAAGCAGGUAGGACCAGAGGGAGGAGGUGAUGAGGAAGAGUCUAAAGAAGCCGAGGAUGAAGUCGACGAUGAUGACGUGAAAGCUGGAGGCAGAGAAGAAAACGGAAACAAAGGAGAGGCUGCAGAGGAUGAUGAAGGAGGCAAAGAGGAGGAGAAAGACAAAGACGAGGAGCAGGAGGACAAAGAGAAAGUCAAGGAUGAUGAGAAGGAUGACGAGGAUGAGGAAGAGGGGAAGAAGUAGAUCCAGACCCUGAUGGAGAACAACAGUGUAGACUGAAUGUGAAAAACUCUCUAAACCGACUCAUAACUGUUAAUUUGUGCAGUUUUUUUUUUCUCUUUUAGCAUUUACAGAAGAAACAAAAAACACUAAUAACUGAAGGUACAAUGUUUUUAUUUCAAAAUAAGAGCAGUGGACAGCAUCAAAUGCCUGAUAAGACUUUUUUUAUUGUUUAUACAGGAAGAGGAGCCGGAAAUGGGACACAGCUUUGAUGGUUUAAUGGUCAGACUCAAACAUAAAAAUGUCUCUCCUGGUUCAGUCUCACAUCAGACUUGUUAGAGCCCCGCCACUGCUGAUUUACCAACAUGUUUCAAAUGGUUGGAUUUAUUACCAUAAGUAAAAGUCGCCAGUCGCACUGAGGAGCUUAACUUCUCACCAGCAUGACAGUGGAAAAGAGCAAGAUUAGUUAACUUGAGAAAGAUGGAAGUUAAUGAUCAAGUUUUAGUGAAUUGUGUUGUUUGUCAUACUUUAAGAGGGCUUUUCUAGGUUGGACACAUGCAGUAAGUGGCAGUAAUGAUAAAAUACCACCUCAGUGGAAGCUUUUUUUUUCUCAAAAAGACAGGCUUUAUUUUAUAGGAAUAUAAAUGUUUCAACUUUUUAAAAGCAAGGUUGUUAGAUUUCUUAAUUUUGUUCUAACGCCCUUAUUUUAUUAUCAUAGGACUGAAAAGUACUGUCUAGGCUGUAAAAGAAGACGUGACAACCAUGCAGGAUAUCUGGGCUGAAACUAGCAAAGAUUACUGCGGUCAAAUGUGGGACAUUUCUGUGGUCAAACUGACAUUAAGUCAGCAGUCGCUCUCUGACAGCAGGAGCUGUAGUCUGUCUGUCUGUUAGCAGAUUCUUCACACAUUCACUAAUGCAGUGAUCCCCAAAGUAGGGCCCAAAGGCCCCUAGGAGGGGCUCAAAGUUAUGGCAGAAGGGGCAUGACAAGGCUGGAUUAAGUCAAUGCAGAACUUUUAGCCCUACUACCAAAGUGUGGCACAUUUUUUGAGAACUUUCCAAGUAAAUUGGAUAACAAUGAAUCUACACAAGACAUCUCAAUACCUAAAACAAAGACAAUAAAAUCUGAUGAUUCAGACCUUGCUCUCAACUUCACCUGUUAAUGCUGGUUAAAAAAGAGAGCUAGAGCCUUCCUUUUGCCACAUCCUACUAGUUCGAGGAAGGUUUUUCUGCUGUUAUCUUACACAAGAAAAAAAAUGGACUUUGAAAAUGAGAUAAGAGAGGCAGUCUUAACUCGAAAAUUGCAGUUACUAGGCUGUACUUUUAUAGACAACUUUAGAAAUAAGUUCUAAGAACAGAAAGCAGAAUACAUCAGCGAAGGGUAUGGUUGUAUCUUUAACAGAGAUUAGGGAUCCUCACUGAACCUGAGGGUAGUUGAAGCAUAGUUUAACACAGCCAUGUGCAUUGUUACAUUCUUAAGGAUCUUUUUGAACAUCACUUUGUCAGCUUAAAUCUCUCCAAAUGACCUUUUUUUUUUAAUGUAGCUAAUUUUAUGCACAUAUCUUUACAAAAAAUGGGUAAGACAUACAAUUCAAACCAUUAAAAAAAGAUUGUCUUUUGGAAUGCAUCUCACGACCCCUGGGGGUCCUGACCCCUUGCUUUGGGAACCACUGCUUCAACAUAUUUCAAUAUACUGUAUGAAUGUGUGUGUAUGGGGAUGAGUGGGGGGCUUGAAAGUAUUUUGAAAGGGGCCCAACAGAUAAAGUUUGGGAGCCACUUCACUAAUGCAUUAACAAAAUUUGAAUUUAACUCAUUUAACACAGUUAAAAUAUGCAAAAAAGGAGUGAUGUCAGUUUAUGACGUCUCUUGUCAUAGAUCCUCUAGGCUCCAUUGUCCGGUUACCUGGAGGGAGUCUGACCAGAUGCACCUAUCAUUUGUUUAUCUUGAUCAGAAAAGCCAUAUUUUUCAUGUUAAACUCACAGGUCUCUGGAUUCAGGCUCCUAAUAGCAGUUAAAACUCCACACAGCUUUGUAUUCAAGCUUUUAAAACACUCAAGACCCAAUGUUUCCCAUUUACCACCAUUCAUUUUGAUGGAACUUUUUCAUCCAGGAAAGUCCAAGCAAAGUUUGGGCAAAAUACCUGGACUGAUUUAUCUUAUCAGUUAGUUUCCGAACGGUUUCAAGUGUAAAAUUCAGGUAUGACAACCCUACAGUAAAGAGGUAUUUUAUAUUAAUUCUUCAGAACUUUAACUUUGAGUUGUGGUUGAGUUUUCUCUUAUUGCUGAAAUUGCUGAAAGCUCCCCAGAAAGCCGGUCAAAUGACUUUAGUUAUGUUUAUGUAUUACCCAGAUUUUAAAUGAUAUGAUUAAAACAGUAAAUCAGCAGUGGUACGCUCAGAAUUGAAGGAUUACAAAACAACAGCAGGAAGUGUUUCUGCUGUGGGGUUUCAUCAAGGUCAGCAGACUGUCUGAGACAUGUAAUAUCGGCUCAAACACUUCAAAGAUUUUAUUGAAAUGUUCAGUUACGAAGGCAAAAAUUUCAGACGAGGAGUUUCAUCCAAGUCCCAGAAAUCAUUGCUGUAAGAAUCAUCCAAUCAGAAAGCUGCAACUCUGUGUUUUGUUACUGACUGCAGUGAUGUAUUCCUCUGAAUGUGCUACAACUCUGACUGGUGUGGAUGGACAGCAUCAGAAGCUUCUGAGAAAUGCAGUAUUUAGAGACAAUGAAAAUACCCAACAGAAGCACUCUUUGUUGCACUUCUUUCUUUUCAACUAGCUUAAAGAAGACAUGAGUUGAUCCCUGCAUAGCAGAGGUUUUUAUUUUCUUGUGUGUUUGAUGGCGUCGCUGUCCGCCAUACUUCUUUCUGAUGUAAGCUGAAGAUUCAGGCCAAUAAUUUCAGCCUAGAACCUGUACAUUUUAAUGUAUAAUAGCUUUGUAUCUGUUAAAGUUGAAGGCUGCAGGAAUGCCGUUAUGGUUUGGUAGUUCUGUCCAUCUCUCUCUGUCUCAUUAUCAAGCACUUUUUACUUUGCUGCUUUACUUUUUUUGCACCUUUAGAAGCAUGUGAUGGGGCAACCCCAAGCUUUAUGGUACACGAAUGAGGCUUUUAAAGGAAGCUUUACUCUGUAUCAAAUGCUCCUGAACAACUAGAGCUUGUUUAGUUUAUCAUACUGUAAGUUUGAUCAUUGGUGAACAGGCUCUCUGGUGUUGGAUUGGAAUAUUGUCAGUAUUUUUCCAGCCUCGUUGAUAAAACUUCAGUCCUUUUCAGUUAUUUUCAGUUUUGUAUUACCUUCACAGUCACAAUAAGAGACUUUUGACCCUUACCUGGGCUGGUUCCAUUUGGUGGCUGAAGAUGGUGAGAUGUGCGUGACAACUCCAGAAAAUUACCAAAGAUGGUUGAUUUACUUCAAAAAACAAAGAAAUUGCAAAUUCUCCCAACACUAAAGAGGUGUUUCUUCCCAAAGCAGCAACCCUAAGACUUCAAUCAUCUUUAUAGUGAAUAUUUUCCAUUAAAAUGGCAUCAAGAUGGACAGAACUAUCCAAAUAUGAAUCUGACUGUUUUUCUGUUACAGUCGUAUAUCGUCUUGAGAGAUUGUUGACUUUUCUGUGAAAUGCAGGAAACAGAUUGCAGUUUACUUGUGGCACUCUGAAAGUCAUUUCUGUAAACGUUAACAUGUAAAUGUGACAGGAAAGAUAUACAGUGUUUCCUGGGAAUGAAUUUAAUCCAAGCAGCCAACACUAAGGCAUUCUUUCUACUUCUUCCUCUCCUAUUUAAAGGCUGCUAAAGCUCUGCAUUUUUGUGCGAAUGUUAAAAUUGGACGAGUAAUGUCCCUAAACAGGAAUUUCAUUCAUUCUUAUUUACCUUUUCUUCCUGUCAUUUCUAUUUCCUCUCUGUUUCAAUGCACUAGCAUUGGAAAAACCAAUCUCUGAUCAUAUAUUCUGCGUGUUUUGCAUUUUCGGAGUGGUUACACCCAUAUAUCAGACGUAUGCUGGUGGGAAACUGUAAAGACUAUUUUUAUGUCUAGUUUUCGUUCUGCAGCUGCUCCAGUUUAACAUACAUUUUUCCAUGUUUAAGAGCCUCGUGGCCUUUUUCUGCUUUUCGCUCAGCUAUCUGACUUGGUGUGUUGUACAGAGUAGUAACGAUACGAACACACUUUAGAGUUACAUAUCAGUGCUGUGUCUAUUUACUCAUUUUCUGGUGUAUGUUUUUGGUCUUUUGUUGCUGUAUAAAGCUUGUCAGACCAACAUGCCCUGUAUGAAACAGCUCUUUUAUGAAUAAAGUUUCUUUUUU